AUUAAUUUAACAUGACUUUUUUAUCUUCCUGAUCUAAAACAUACCGGCAUGUAAAACAUUAUUAUUAUACUGUACGGUGCUCAAGACCAUAAUGGAUUACAGACAUUUUGUCGCAUUUUUAAUAUACAUUUUUGGAACAUGGUCAACAGCUAUCUCAAAUUCGACAGUAUUAGUAACGCCAACAACAACAACAACACCAAAAGAAACUGAUGACUCCGAUGAUGACAGACUAUUUGGCAACCCUUUUUGGCUUGGCUUCACAGUCAUCUUAUUCAUCUGUUUAUUGGUUAUAAGUUUAGUUGUUUCGUUAACUUUCGGUAUAUACAAAUACCGUCAACAUGCCAAGAAGCGGGGAUUGUAUAGAGACAAGAAUCGUAUUUAUAACGAGCAUGAUGAAAACACCUCUCCAGAUUAUACAAUCUUCCAAACAGAAGGAGUUACUAAUGCUACAUACAUAGGGUCGUCAUGAGCGUGAAACCCGUGCUAGAUCUCGUGCACUUAUGCUAGAUCUCUGUUAAACUGAGUGUGAAUUAAUUAUAACAGUAUGCAGUUUAUGAACUUUUGUUUGUAUUGUGAAAAUACUAAUAUUGACAAAUGACGGUGCAUUUUUUACUUACAUCUUCUGGCAGGCUGGAAGAAUGUGAUUUUUUUUUGUAGACAAUGUAUGAUUUUUAAAAAAAAUAAGUUUUGAGUCCGUGUUCGUUUAUCUGUGAUAGUUUUUAACUCAUUUUCAUAUCAUUUCUUAUAUUCAGUUUUUCCUGAUAUUUUUCAGGGCUGUUUGAUUACCCAACAUCUCACACACACUUGUAAAUACAAACCCACGUGCACGUGCAUGUGAACGCAUGCUCAAAAUCAACCGCACACGCAUACAAUAUUGCACAUGUACUUACAAAUAUUUCAAAUACUCAUCAUUGUUACCUUAUAUUGCUUGUAUGCAUGUAUAUGUUAGCUUUUACAUUUAUAGUGAAUAUUAGUGAUGGUUAAACAUUAUAAAUGUAAUACAUUGAAAAGAUAAUAGAAAUUAGUAAUGUACAUAUUUUUUGUGUUGCAACUGAACAACAUCCUGUUGGUUUUAAUUAAAUCAUAUUUGCCGAGUAUUCCAAAUGAACAUGUGAUAAUGUUGUUUAUAGUAUGAUUAAACUUGUUAUAUGUUUUAUAU